UGUAAACAAAAAACUUUAGUGCCUCUACUCGACGUCUCACACAAAAAUAUUCCUAAAGAAAACGAAACAAAUAGAAAUAAUAUAAAGAACAGAAAGAAGAAAGAAGAAAGAGAAUAGAUCCAGGGGAUAUAGACUAGACAAUAGUCUAAAACCCCUAUAAAAGAAGAGAGAAGAAGAAGAAGACUCGACGUCUUGUGGUGGGAGGCUGCCAUAGUGUCCUGCGUUAUAACCUCCGUUAUACUCUGGUGUUUAUUUCCUGGCAGCCCCACCUCCGUUAUACUCCGCUAUACUCUGGUGUUUGUUUUCUUGGCAGGCCCGUGUCAUAUAUGAAUGCUGUGACGGAAAUUGAGUCCUGGGCAUGCUGGUCGAAUUAAGAGAGAGAGUAAGCCACCAGCAGUGGCGAAGGAUUGCUAGGAGGGAGAGACGACGCAGAGUCCGCCAACAGCUUGCUCAGGAACUUGAUGCAAAACUUCAAGAAGAGCAAACAGCCCUUUUAGCCGAUCCAGCAUAUGUGGCAGAGUUAGAGAGAAUAGAACGUCUAGAAGAAGAGGCCGAGAGGUUAGAACAGCUAGCAGCGGCACAGGCAAAGAGAGAAUGGGAGUUGAGAGAUGCUGCCCUGCACACAAAGUUCCUGAGGGAGAAGCAGAAACGUUGCCAACAGGAAGAGGAGCGGGCCAAGCAAGAGGUAAUGUCUAAAUUUUAGUAUCUCGCAGUUCGGAGAAAAAAAAAGCUUAUGUGUGUUGCAUAUUUUUUUAUUUCAUUUAUUAUUUUAUGAAUACAGAGUUUACCCUGAACUUUCACACAUUCAGAUAUCCAGAGACUUUGCCUAAUUAUUAAUCAAAUGACUUGAAAUUAUAAGGAACUGCAAAAACAGAUAUAUAAAUCAUGAGCAUACACAUAGAUAACCAUUAAGUAACAAAUAACAAGAAAAAGCAUACACAGACCAUUACAUACAGACAGACAUACAUACACACACGCAGGCAUGAACACAUUCUCACUCAUUCAUUCACUCCAAGGAACAUGUAAUCAGGUAGCUAGCCUCCAUUUGUCCUGUUGAACCCCCAAAAAAAUCAAAUUGACUUUUUCCAGGAGUUCAUUUGUUAAUCAUAGGGAACUCUUUGUUAUCAAAAAUAACCGGGAGAUUUUUAAACUUCAGGUAAAUAUAUCAAUAUCGAGUAAAUUAUACGAAUAAUUAUGUACCUUGCUAUAUCUGAUA